AUGCCAGAACACACCGUUGUGCACGAAGCCCAAAAUGUGGUGGCUCGUGAGCCUCCACACCAUUUCUUCAAGUCACAGCCACGUCCAGGACACGUCAAGGACGCAGAACAGUACAUGAAAAUGUACAAGCAAUCGAUUGAGGACCCAUCCGGGUUUUUCGGACCCAUGGCUCGCGAACAUCUACAUUGGGACCGUCCAUUCACACAGGUGCGUGCUGGGUCCCUACAGCACGGGGAUUCAGCAUGGUUCCUCAACGGUGAGCUCAAUGCCUCCUACAACUGUGUGGAUCGCCAUGCGUUCGCCAAUCCUUCCAAACCGGCGUUGAUCUGUGAAGCAGACGACGAAUCGGAAAACCGCGUUAUCACGUUUGGCGAGCUUUUGCGCCAGGUUUCUGAAGUCGCAGGCGUUUUGAAAAGCUGGGGCGUGAAAAAGGGCGACACCGUUGCAGUGUACUUGCCCAUGAUUGCAGAGGCCGUUGUGGCAAUGCUGGCCGUGGCCAGACUCGGUGCGAUCCACUCUGUCAUCUUUGCCGGGUUUUCUGCUGGAUCUUUGAAAGAAAGAGUCGUUGAUGCCGGCUGCAAAGUCGUUAUUACCUGCGACGAAGGUCGCAGAGGCGGCAAAACCGUACACACCAAGAAAAUAGUCGAUGAAGGUCUGGCAGGCGUCGAUCUUGUCUCGAAGAUUCUUGUGUAUCAAAGAACCGGGUCCGCUGGUAUCCCCAUGAAACCAGGCCGUGACUACUGGUGGCACGAGGAGUCCGCCAAACACGGCGGCUAUCUACCACCCACACCGGUCAAUUCUGAAGACCCGCUAUUUUUGCUGUACACCUCAGGCUCCACCGGCUCACCAAAAGGUGUGGUUCACACCACAGCGGGUUACCUGUUAGGCGCCGCAUUGACUACCAAAUACGUGUUUGACAUCCAUCCUGAAGAUGUGCUUUUCACUGCAGGGGAUGUGGGCUGGAUUACCGGUCACACGUAUGCGCUUUAUGGUCCAUUGGCAUUGGGUACCGCUUCUAUUAUUUUCGAGUCUACACCUGCUUACCCAGACUACGGUAGAUACUGGAGAAUUAUUGAGCGUCACAAGGCCACUCAUUUCUACGUGGCUCCAACUGCAAUGAGACUCAUCAAAAGAGUUGGCGAAGCCGAAAUUGCCAAAUACGAUACUUCCUCUUUGAGAGUAUUGGGUUCUGUUGGUGAACCAAUUUCUCCUGAUUUGUGGGAAUGGUAUCACGAAAAAGUUGGUAACAAAAACUGUGUUAUUUGCGAUACCAUGUGGCAAACAGAAUCCGGUUCUCAUUUGAUUGCGCCUUUGGCUGGUGCCGUUAACACCAAACCUGGUUCUGCCACAGUACCAUUUUUCGGUAUCAACGCCUGUCUGAUCGAUCCGGUUUCUGGUGAGGAAUUGAAAGGUAACGAUGUGGAAGGUGUGUUAGCUGUCAAGGAUUCAUGGCCAUCUAUGGCCAGAUCUGUGUGGAACAACCAUUCCCGCUACAUUGAGACCUACUUGAAGCCCUACCCAGGCUACUACUUCACCGGAGACGGUGCUGGAAGAGAUCACGACGGUUACUACUGGAUUAGAGGCAGAGUCGACGACGUAGUCAACGUUUCGGGCCACAGACUUUCCACUGCGGAGAUCGAGGCUGCUCUGGUCGAACACGAUGGCGUGUCUGAGUCCGCUGUGGUUGGAAUCACCGAUGAGCUUACUGGUCAAGCCGUAAUUGCCUUUGUGUCUUUGAAAGAUGGAUAUUUGCAGGACAAUGCUUCUGCUGGAGACGUGGCCCAUAUCACUCCUGACAAUUUGCGUCGCGAAUUAAUUUUGCAAGUGAGAGGUGAAAUCGGACCAUUUGCGUCUCCUAAAUCUGUGGUGGUGGUUAACGACUUGCCCAAGACCAGAUCCGGUAAGAUCAUGAGAAGAGUGUUGAGAAAAGUUGCCUCCAACGAAGCGGACCAGCUAGGUGAUAUGUCUACAUUGGCCAACGCCGAUUGUGUGCCAUCCAUCAUCUCUGCUGUGGAGACUCAAUUUCUGGCGCAGAAAAAGAAAUAG